GAGUUCGGUCAGCGGCUACCAGCGAGGCUGGACGCUUUCCUCAAAUCCCCCACCGGCAUCAUUGGCAAUGGCGAUACCUGCGUCCUCCCCCCUGCCCCGGCGAGCAUCUUCCACCACGAGCCGGAACUGGCUUUCGUCAUCGGCAAGACCGCUACCAACGUCAGCCAGGACGAGGCGCUGGACUAUGUCUUUGGUUACACCAACUUCCUGGAUAUGUCGGCUCGGGGCAUUCCGGGGGCCCUGGGCAACAGCUUUUUCUUAGGCAAAUGCUGGGAUACCUUCGCUCCCAUGGGUCCGGCCCUGGUUACGGCCGACGAGAUUCCUGACCCGCAAAACCUGCAGAUCAGGUUGUGGAACAACGAAGAGCCCCGCCACGACUUCCCCACCAGCGAUAUGGCCCACCCCAUUCGGGAGUUGAUUUCCGAGUUUUCCAAGGUUACGACCCUGGAACCAGGGGACGUGGUAGCCACUGGCGUCAACCACCAGCAUAUCGGUCCGGUGCAGGACGGCGACACCAUCCGGAUGGAGAUAGUGGAACUAGGCCCCUCAUUGGUCAUCCACAUCAGCGACCCUGAGGGUCGCGAGUGGCCGCGGGGUAUUGACCGCGAGUUUGGCGCCAUGGUAAUCGCCGGCGCCCCGGCCAACCCCUAG